GCGUUUCGGACGGCGCUGGGCCGUUCAGUUCUCGUUUAACAGCGCCGGCGAACGGUCAGAGAGUUGCGGAAAAGCGCUGAGCCGAGUGGAACUGAGCUAAGAAAAUUGCCUGCGCAGCCAGGAAAAGUUUGUCAGAUUGUUGGGAAAGAAAAAUUCGCGCGCGUUUCUACGUCGCAUGAUCGCUUGACAAAAGAAAAAUUUAUUACACAAAAAAAAAAAAAACAUAAAAUUUAAUUAUACUACAAAAACAGCAUAAUUACAAAGCUCGUAAAUCAUUUAUUUAUAUAUAAAUAUAUAUGUAUAUAUAUAUAUAUAUAUAUAGAGGGAGAGAACUGAACCCCCCGCGCUGUCUGCAACAGCUUGAUCUAAGCUUUGUUAUCGCGCGAUUUUUGUGUGUGAAACAACAAAUAUUUAAUAAAAGUAUAAGAGCAUUUAAAUAUGAAUAUAAACGAAAUGUUUUGAAAUACGCCUUAAGGUAAUCGACGAAAGGAAAAUAAACAUAAGAACAAAUUGGCGCGCAAUUGGCAAUUGCAUAUGCGCUGCGGCUGGCGUUGCGUUUUACAUAAAUUGCAAUCGUAUUUGCAUUUGCAAUUUGAAUUAAGGCAAGAACAAUAAACAAACACAAUCAAAUAAUAGACAAUAAAUAAGUUAAAGCUAAGCUCAGCUGAGCGCACGGCCAAGUUCAGCUGCGGCACAACGUGGCGUAUGCGUAAUCUGUAAUUUUACACAUCCUGCGGAAAUAGCGCGCUGUGACUUUUGAGUGUGCCCGCGCGCGCCUCUGCGUGUGUGUGUGUGUGCGUGUGUGCGUGUGUGUGUGGCACGUGGCGCGAAAGCUAUUUUCUUUAUUUGCCAAAAAGGGAAAAACGGAAAAAUUGAAAUGAAAAGCGUGCACGUUGCGUGUAUUCUGAGUGCUGCCCGUUGAUGUUCUUCUUCUCAUUGCCGUUGUUGUUGUUGCGCCUUAAGAAGCAAACAAAUUGAAAUAAGAGGCCAAACAGACACUGGACAGACACACGUUGAGCCGUUGAGCAGCCGCACAAAGCAAUUGAAAAAUGCGAUUCAUAUCGACAACAAUAACAACAGCAAAAAAGAGCAACAACUAGUAGACAACGACUCCGCCUCCAGCAGCACCUCAUCCACCAACAUCUCCUCCCGUUCUUGUUGCUUCUGCUGCUGCUGCUGCUGCUCCUCGGUCCGGCAACAUGUCAAGCAUAAUUAAUUUUCGAUUCUGCCUGGGCCGCCGCCAAUUUCAAACCGUCUCCAGCUCCGUUGCCGUCAAUAUUGCCAUCGCCGCCGCCUCAGCCUCAGCCUCAGCCGCCGCCACCUCGUCUACGUUCCUGCAAUUGUGCUGAAAGUCAAGUCGAUUGCCUCCCGCCACUGCCGCGCCGCCAGCUGGAAGUCGAUUCAACGGCAAUAUUUCAAGAGCAGCAGCAAUCCCACAACAACAACAACAACAACGACAACAACUGCUACCAGGAAUACAACAAAAUUCGUUUUCUAGUAAUAAAAACUGAUGCAUAUUUCUGUGAACUUGCGCCAACAAAUUGCGAAAAUGUGUUGCAAAUCUAACGCCAUGUGGAAAUGUUGUACGUCUUCGAUUGGCCAGCAACAACUGCAACAACAACAACAACAACAAUCCGUGACGAUAACAACACGCAACACAGAAUAUCACGGCCAAGCAAAAAGGCACAGAAUUAAAAACAAGAGCCAACAACAUUUUCUAGGCAGAAUUCAAAUCCUCGUGUUUAUUGUUAUGUUAGUCCUGAUUCAAAUGGAAUCUGUGGCAGCUGGACUUCGAGAAGGCCUUUCAGGUGAUAUGGAAUCCUGCGCCAAUGAAGGCGAAGAGGUGCAAAUCAAAGGCAUACAAAACUCCAAAUGCUUUAAAUGCACAUGCCAGAAUGGCUUUGUGAAAUGUGACAAGAGCUGCCCGUCAAUUGAUGAUUGCUUUCUGAUCGACUCCAAUUCGAAUGACACCUGCUGUCGCAAGUGCAAAGGCUGCAUGUAUCGCGGUGUGCCCUAUGCGAGCGGCGCUGAGUGGAACGAUCCGGAUGAACCCUGCAAGACGUACAAGUGCAUCGCCAGUGUUGUCACCGAAACAACACAGAUUUGUUAUUCACAGUGCGACGAUAACCAGCUGACAGCGCCACGCCCCGGCGAAUGCUGUCCCACAUGUCAGGGUUGCAAGAUCAAUGGCCAGACCGUUGCCGAAGGCCAAGAGGUUGUCGCCUCGAUCGACGAUCGCUGCUUGGUCUGCCAAUGCAGCAGCGGCAACAAGCUGAGCUGCGCCAAGAAGACUUGCCCCACACUGCAGUGCCCCAAAUCGAAGCAGAAGCAGCUGCCCAACGAAUGCUGUCCACGCUGCACGGUGCAGCGCGAGUUUCGCGCGGUCAAAGGCAAGUGCAUAUUCAACAACAAUCUGUACUAUGACAAGACACAAUUUACGCCGGAUCGCUGCACCAAUUGCACCUGCCUGAACGGCACCUCGAUUUGCCAGCGCGCCACUUGCCCCAUACUGGAGUGUGCGCCCGAGUUUCAGGAGGACGAUGGCUGUUGUCCCCGCUGCAUUGUGGCCGAGGUGCGCAGCGAGUGCUCCCAUCAGGGUGUGACGUACAUGAACAACGAGACCUGGAACAUGGAUCCCUGCCGCAGCUGUCGCUGCAUUGCCGGCAACAUACGCUGCUCCGAGAUGCGCUGCCAGCCGGUCAAGUGUCGACCCAACGAGGAGCUGAAGCGUCCGCCCGGCGAAUGCUGUCCCAAGUGCCUGGAAACUGCCGGCACUUGUACAGUGUUCGGUGAUCCUCACUUCAAGACCUUCGAUGGCAAAUUCUUCAGCUUCCAAGGCAGUUGCAAGUAUUUGCUGGCUGCUGAUUGCUAUGGCCACAACUUCUCCAUACGCCUCACCAACGAUGGGCGUGGCACGCGGCACUCAUCCUGGCCAAAGACGGUCACACUUAAGCUGCGCGGGCUGCGCAUCAAUCUCGGCCAGAAGCUGCGAGUUAAAAUCAAUGGUACACGUGUAAUGCUGCCCUACGCGGACCACAGCGGCAACAGCAAUGGACAUGGUCAUAAUGUGAGUAUUGAGCGUCUGGCGGAGGGCGGCAUCAUGCUAAGGACGGAGCUGGGGCUGAGCAUCGAGUGGGAUGGCAACAACUUUCUGCAGGUGUCGGUGCCGGCGCAGUACAAGGGUCAUUUGUGCGGACUGUGCGGCAAUUACAAUGGCAGCGGACGGGAUGAUCUGACGGGCAGGGAUGGCCGGGCGCAUGGCGACAACGAGGUGUGGCACUUUGCCAACUCGUGGAAGGUGGGCGGACCCAAGUCGUGCUCGCGAGUGAGGGAGAAUGUUGUGGCGCCGCCGACGUGCAACAAGCGUAAGCCCAACUUCUACUGCCGGCCUCUGCGCGUCUCGGAAGUAUUUGGAAACUGUGAUAGUAGACUUAAUCCCAACAACUACAUCGCCUCCUGCCGCAUGGACGUCUGCGAGUGCCCCACGGGCAGCUGUCACUGCGACAGCUUUGCGGCGUAUGCCCACGAGUGCCGUCGCCUUGGCGUUCAGCUGCCCGAUUGGCGUGCCGCCACCAAUUGCCCAACAACCAGCUGGCGUCGCAAUGCCACCGAACUGAGCUAUGUGGGCAACAGUUUGUACGGGGAUCCUAGUUAUCUCAAAGGAGGCGGUGGCGGCACAUCUAAGGCGCGACGCCGCAAGCAGCAUCAGCAUCAGCUGCAAUUGCAGCGACGCCAGCAGAACGAGCUGCAGGAAAAUGAAUACAUCAAAAAACAUGUACCGAAUAAAUUUUUAAGGCCGCGUGCGCCGGAUCGCACGCCGCCGCCAAUACACUAAGCACUGAGCAUGGAUUUAAUUAUAAUUUAGUUGCUACUCAUACACACGCACCUAUAUACACACACACACACACACACACUCUCUCUCAUACAGGCUAAUGCAAAUGCAUUGCUUACUUUAAGGACCAAUGACACGGGCUGAACUUAUGCGCAUUGCAUUGCAUUUAAUCUAAAUAGUAAAAGCUUUGCAUCUAAGAGCUUUAACAGCUAUUGAAAGCUUUAAGCUAGCUUUGAGUGUUUGUUAGAAAAUCUUCAAGCUCGCUGAACGCUUUUUCUUAACCCCAAACAAAAUGUGUCUUCAGUUACAGGAUUAAUUUCAACUGGUGUCAUUGGUCCUUAGGGUAGGCAUAGUAAAAAAAAAGAAAAAAG